UCCUCCUGGGAUCACUUCCGCCGCCGGGCAGGCCCGGCUCCGUUCGCCCGGUAUCGCAGAGCCGCGGAGUCAAGAUGGAGGAGUACGCGCGCGAGCCGUGCCCCUGGCGCAUUGUGGACGACUGCGGUGGGGCCUUUACGAUGGGAACCAUAGGUGGUGGGAUCUUCCAGGCAAUCAAAGGAUUCCGCAAUUCUCCAGUGGGAGUAAACCACAGACUAAGGGGGAGUUUGACGGCUGUUAAAACCAGGGCCCCGCAGCUGGGAGGUAGCUUCGCAGUUUGGGGAGGCCUGUUUUCCAUGAUCGACUGCACUAUGGCUCAGGUCCGAGGGAGGGAAGACCCCUGGAACUCCAUCACAAGCGGUGCCUUAACCGGAGCCGUCCUGGCAGCAAGAAAUGGACCAGUGGCCAUGGUCGGGUCGGCUGCCAUGGGUGGCGUUCUCCUGGCUCUCAUCGAAGGGGCUGGUAUCUUAUUGACACGCUUUGCCUCUGCCCAGUUUCCCAAUGGUCCUCCGUUUGCUGAAGACCCCUCCCAGUUGCCUUCAGCCCAGUUACCAGCCUCGCCCUUCGGGGAGUAUCGACAAUACCAGUAGGACUUCUCUCCCGGACUUCUACAGAGUGAGCUCAGUCUAAGGAAAGAUGUCAGAAGAUCAGGUUCAGUCUGGUUUUAAAACUGCGGGUGGGACAACUGUGGCCAAACAGGCUGUGAAGAGACUUUCAGCACCUUUUUGUAUUUAAAGGAACAUGGUUGGGGCGGGGGGUGGGGUGGGGUGGGAAUCUUAAAAGAUAAUACUAAUACAUUUAUUUAUUCACACUUGGAUUGCAUUUGUGAUCAAAAUAAAUGUCUAAAAUCCUUAGAAGGAAA